AUGGCCAAUAUCCUAAUCGUAGGCGCCACUCGUGGUUUGGGUGCAUCUCUUGCAAACAACUACGCUGCGCAGGAAUCAACGACCGUUUAUGGAACCACUCGUGCUGCUGCCGGUCCAUCUAAUUUGAACGAGAAGAUUGUAUGGAUACCUAAUAUUGAUGUGGCAGAAGAGGGCGCGGACAGAAGAUUGGUGAAUCAAUUAGGUAUGCUCGGAGGUGGCGGUGGAAUGGUCGAGGGUGGACGAGUCACAUUUGAUACUGUUAUCAUCACAGCUGGAUAUUUUGCUACAGAAGACUUUGUCCAUGGUCCAAAAUGGGAUGAAGAAGUGAAGAUGUACACAACGUCAGCUAUUUCUCCUCCUUUUAUAGUCCGCUCAUUGUUUCGCGCCAAAAACAUCACGGAAGGCUCCAAAAUCCUUCUUAUUUCCUCCGAGUCCGGUUCAAUUACACUACGACAUGAAAAAGAAGGUGGCGGCAAUUAUGGACACCAUGCUUCAAAAUCUGCGCUCAACAUGGUUGGAAAACUGCUAUCGCUAGAUCUGAAGGAGCAUGGAAUAAUUGUGUCGAUUUUGCACCCUGGAUUCAUGCGGACAGAAAUGACCAAGGGGGUAGGAUUUGAUAAAUAUUGGGACGAUGGAGGAGCAGUGACGCCCGACGAAGCUGCAGUGAGCUUGGUGGAAUGGGCAAAGAAGUUAGAUAUGAGUAAGUCUGGACAAUACUGGGCACCUAGGGGUCCUAGAGAUAUCGGUACAGCAGAUGUAACCAUCGGAACGGACCUGCCUACACCUUUACAAGUACCAUGGUGA